CGACUUCUGAGCAUUGCAUUCUUCGCCAGCAAGUCGAAGGAACAUCAAACGUCAAGGCAGCAAGCUAAACCAAUCACUCCAACUGUUGGGUAAGUCUGUUAUUUUAUUCGUUUUAUCUGCUUGUUUGAAACUGUUUUACAAAACAAUAUUUAAUGGCCUAGCUUGAUUUUCGUGUUAAUGUUUUGCUCAAAUAAUAUGCCUAAUUAGUUCCUAUAUUAUUUUCGUAUUUGAGCUUAACUCCAACCUGUCUCUAUCCAACAGUAUUUUGUACAGUACAAGCUGAUUUACGAAAUGCUCAUAGACUCAAUUGGUCAAUCGACGAUCAAACAGAGAGUCCAAUAUAACAAAUUUCGGUAGUUUGAAUCCACUUUAAUCGCGUUAAAAAUGAAAGGCGUGUUUCAAUUAAGACAAAGAAUUGUGAAUCACAAGCGUCUUAAUUCAAAGGAUAUUAUAAAAUAGUUCGUUUUUUAUGUUCAAAAAUGAAAUGUUAUAUGUCACUGCCAUAAGUAUUACCAACAAUGAUAUGCAUUCAUUUGGCAACUGUCAAGCGUUUAUAAUACUCGCAUGCAUAACUCCGUUAAUCGUAUUCUGUUAAUAACCUAGGCAAUCUCUCUCGCUUUGUCAUUGAUGUCGAUGAUUCACGUCUUAAUUUGAAUGAUUGUUGCUGCUAUACAUACUUGUAACAAAAAUACUUAUUAUUAUACAGCAUAUGCUGAUUUUAAAGAAUGAACUGUUCGUUCUAUUUUAUCAUUAGUAUUACGUUGUUUAUAUUUAUCUAAUAAAGAAUUUAAGAGUUCAAGAUCACACAUUAAUGCGUGCUGUGAUAAUAUAUACUUUAAACUCAUAAUAUAUUCAUCACAGAACAGCAUAAAAAUGUAGGUGCAUCAUCCAAUCAGGUCGAGUAGCUAUAGACUAUUCAAGAAUGUGGGUGGAUAGACCAUGUUUAUAAUCGAAGGUAUCAGUGUUCUAUGCAAACGAUUCAAAAUUUAUAUGUCAUUAAAUAGACAAAAAACGAAAAUCGCAUCGUACUAUCGGUUUAAACUUUUUGAUCUUAUAACCUGUUAAAAGUGGCCAAUAAAUGAUUUCAAUUCAAUAGCAGGUCAGAUUGAUUAAUUAGUGAUGAAACUGUUAACUGAGUGAAUAUGAUUAGAAAGCCAAUAGAUGAUUCCGGUUCUUUAAUUUGGCUAUAUAUUUUUCUAUAAACAGUAAGUGAGCUACUGUAUACUCUGUAUUGUGGCAUGUUAGCUUGUUACGUGUCAAGGCAGGGUCAAGUCGUCAAUGAAGAUUUUGUUGGCCUCUCACUCGAUUCAAUAAUAGUUGAAGGUAAUACAAAGGUAUUAGAUAGCUUAAGAUCUAUGACGUCGACGCCAGCUAGGACGUCAGGGCUAUAAAACAUAGGACUGGGACUAGGACGUCGUCCUAAAUAAAUAAACUUCCACUUAUAUAUUAAGUUUUACGACUUAGACAUUUAAACUAUAAAUAUUUACAUACUUUUGAAAAUGAAUUUAAAAGUGCCGUGUGAACCCAUUACCGUUUGUUAUGCUCUUGUAUUUACGACGGUAAAACCCUUGUUGUGAGGUUGUCGACGUUUGGUGAACGACGAGCAAAUUGAGAGAGACACAUGCAUACUUCAAAAACUAUUACCAAUUCACUUCUGCUUGCCGCCCUAAAUAUUUGACGUCGUAGAUACUUGAGCUAUCGACUUAUUCAGGACGACGUCCUAGUCCCAGUCCUCUGCUUAGCCCUGACGUCCUAGCUGGCGUCGACGUCGUAGAUCUUAAGCUAUCUAUUAUCGAGUGUAAAUUUUAUACUGUUACGCCUACAGCCACUUCAAAAAAACUUGUCCUUUGCAAACGUUAGACUCUAAACCUUAACCUCUCUCCCAUUGUGCUUUGCACGCUUAGAGUUUAAGGUUUAGAGUUUAAGGUUUGCAAAGGACAACCUUUUUUAAAUUAGCUUUUCUUACAUUUAUUAUAGAUCUACCCUACAUGCAGGUCUAAUAAUUAAAUGUGUAUAAAGUUUACACUCGCGAAUUUCCAUCUGCAUGCAUAUAUCUUCAUUCUUCAACUAUUAUUGAAUCCAAAUAAUAUGUGAACAAAAACAAGCGUUUGAAAUUAUUGCCCAAAGUUAGGAAAUCUUAGGCAUUGCACAGAUUAAUUAAACGGAUGAAUUUGUAUUUUGUCCUUUUUCAUACCUUGUUUGUUUAUCCUCAAUUAAAAGUAAACUCUAAAGUGGUGCUUCAGAUCAAGGCACGAAGGGGUUAUACCAGCAUCUGUGUUGCCUCACUGUGAACAUACAGAGACGCUCGUUUAUUAUAUAGUAGAGAGUGAGAUACUGAAAAAUACACAGUGAGAUAUUUUCCAUAUCUUCACUAGUGAAGAUAUCGAUUACGUGAUUUUUCCAAUUUGCUUCAGUUGAGCGUGAAAUUUCACAAUUUUGUGCUUGGAACUAUAUAAUAAACAGAACAUUACACGGUGGCUUGAAGAUAUGACUUUUAUCUUCUCGUGUUAAAAACAAUAUUUUACUCACUCGCUGCGCUCGUUCGUAAAAUAUUGUUUUCACCAUGCACUCGAAGAUAAAAGUCAUAUCUUCGCGCCGCUGUGUAAUAUCUAGACUUGCCCAAGUCGCUCGCUAGGGACCGCGCGUAGCAAGAAGGGAGCGCUUACCGCGGACUUUGGAAAGUCUAUGUAAUAUCCUCUAUAUAUACUACACUAACUGACAUUUUGUCCUUUUGGAUAACACGAGUAUACUUAAUCGAAUGUAUUAAAAGUAAGAGUUGAGUCUCUUCUCUGCUCUCAUUAAAGCCUGGUUUCCAUAUGGUCGCAGCGGUCGUAAAAAUUGAGUCACGAUCUUUCUCAUCAGCCGAAAUAUAACUGGCAUUUUAGAACUGAAAUACGCCGUGUGAUUAUAACUAGAGAAUAGUUAUGAUUUAUAUGUGAUUUACAGGUAUAAACUAUUAUAAACUGGUCGUUGAGAAAGAUCGUGACUCUAUAUUUUUACGACGGAAACUGCAGGCUUAAGUAAAAUCGGUUGUUGAAUUAAUAUACUCAGUUCUGCAUGGUUAGGCUGACUGCAAGCCUAUGUAUUACGUGAAUGACGUAUAGGUCCUAUUCUGCAAACCGCGGAAUUUUAAUUCUUUUGGUUUAUAAAAAGUAUAUUCUACCGACGUUCGUUCGUGACCAUGGCCAUGGCUUUUGGACGGCAGUGAUUAUGAUUUUGUCAAAUGUCAUUUUCAAAUUGCUUUUUAUUAUCAUUUGCCAGCUGCCAGUUAUUUUAUAUAGAAAAUAUUUUCCGUGUCGUUCAAACUCAGCACACAUUGAGAUUGAGAUGUCAUUCACACUCAGCACACAAAAUUAGACCUACCAAAUCCGAGGCCGGUUCCUUGGAUUCGUUGUGGAAUCUCCAUACUUGCACAAAAUCUUGAAUAAAUGAACCAAAUUAACUACCGUUAAUAAUUAAGUAGGGAAAUGCGAGUUCGAUUUCGGAUCGAUUUCGGACCCCUAAACGUACGUGUUUCUAUACCGAAGGGUGACUUCUUUCACGUUAUUUCGAGUUCUCCCAAACUACCACAAGUGUUUCUAUAACUGUGUAGAAACACAUAGAAACUUUUCUAUGUUUCUUUAUAAUAAAACUGAAGAAAGCCGGUUUUUAUCGCAUUUUUUUAUAUUGAUUAAUUUACAAAUUCUCAUUACCUCAGCAUAAAACCCACUCGAUCGUGUACUACAUUAUGGAGCUUAAAGCAUGUAGGAUGGCAACACGACGACGACGGCAACCCAUACAAUGAGUCAAGUUAGCCUAAACAGUUUCUUAUAUAAAGGGUACUUAUAAUGAAAUGUGGCUGAACAGGUUCUUAAAUAGGUUCUUAUUUUCUAAAUUAAAAGCGACUCAAUUUCCGUUGGUGUAGGUACAGUUAUUUUUUGUUCAUGUGUUCAUACACACAUGUUGACUCAGGGACGCCGGAACGAUGUGAAGGCAAGGGGGGGGCAGAUUUUCGUGAAAGAGCACUUUUGAAUUGAUAUAUACUAAGAGAUGUUUGCAAAACAUCGGGAGUUGAACUUCGCCUAAUCAUGUUUUCUAUUGAUUGGAUGAUAGGGGUGUGAGGCCAGGCGAUUGUGCUAUUCUUGAAGCUCGAUGACUGCAUUUCUUUCGUUUUCUGAAGCAAAUUCGUAAAAGAAUUGCACUAACAUUUCUGACAAUUCGCUAUUUUGCCAAGGCAAUCCUUUAAAUUGAAAGGGCACCUUUGCCCCCUUGCCCCUCUUGGUAAGGGGCGGCUGCCCCCUCCUGCCCCCCCAGUUCCGGCGUCCCUGCAUGUUGUUUAUUAUGUUAGGACAUAUCCGGGAUUCUGACUUCUGGGUCAUUUUCAUUACUUUGUGAUGAGUUUAUUUUCUUUGAUUUAUAAAUUUUUAGUUUCAACUCUUAGAGUGAUAAAAAUGAAAUAAGAACCUGUUUGAAAUUUUAGCCUAAACAGGUUCUUAUAUAAAGGGGUCUUAGGCUACUGUAUUCGAAAUAUACUUGGCAAACGUCAUCUGAAGAUUUCACCAACUGAAAACAUUCGACAUUAACAUUCAGCAAGACCUGAACUGAUCAGCCCGACAUUCCGAGGAAUCAUAGUGUGUGAACGUACUCUCACAGAAUAAAGAUCAGUAACAGAAGGGACACUCAGCGGUGCAACGUGCCCUCGUUCCUUUAUACAAAAAAUGCAGUUUACUGGCCAGAAGGCGGAGCAGCCAGCCAGCUAGUAUAGCGUGUUUAUUGACUGUCUAGGAAAAUGGCGGCCAACAUGCGUAAUUUCACAUGCGCGAGGACAGAAACUUCAAAGCUUCCGACGUAAUUAAGUGCAUGGCCCUUCUGUAUCAAUCUUUAUUCUGUGGUAAUGUUUCGAAUUAAUUGCAAAUUCAUUUAUUCAUUCAAACCAAAUCUCCUUUUGUCUUCUCAAAUUUUGAGUUUCAAGAUGUAUAUUUUAUUCGGAUUAUUCUUGUAUUUUAUUUGACGAAGUAAGCGGCGACGUUAUGGUUCUGAUCAGUUUGUAUAAUGAAAAUGCCAAACCACGAUGCAUAUAUGUACUAUUUAAAACACGAGCAGGAGUGUUUUAACAGAUAUAAAACACGAGAGCGGAGAGCUCAGGUCGGUUGUUUUAUAUCUGAUAAAGCACUCCUGCUUCUUUUUUUAAAUGGUUUAAAAAACGACCAUCUGAUGAGUACAGUGCGUCAGCAAAGUAAUUUGGGAAGAUUCUGAUUUGUCUUGAUUUUGAUCCAUGGAUUUGCAAGACGCACAUUUUGGAAUAUGUUUUAUUCUAUACUAAACAAGCCUUCAAGAAUUUUUCAGCAUGUGUAACUUCUGCCGCGCUUUUACGCGAUUCAUAUCAAACCAUAGCCUAUCGAAGGGAAGAUGGCUGUUAAACUCAUUAGAAUAACAAUAACUUAUUAUCUAUGUUGUCAACUUUAUUCAUUAAUAUGGUCCUUCAGCGUCAUGUGCGUAUUGCAUUUUUGCCAAAUCCUCCAAUAGCAAUUUCCAACUCACCCUAUUGUUCGAGUCACGGAUAGGUAUAACUUUCCUAAAACAUUGCUUUUGGUUAGUUGGGCAAAAAUACAAUACACAUGCACGUGACGGUGAACGAUCAGAUUUAUGAAUAAACGUUGACUAACAUAGAUGAUGAGUUAUAUUGUUAUUCUAAUGGUUUCACAGCCAUCUCCUCUUCGAUAGGCUAUGAUCAAACUUAACACUUCCCCGAAUUUUCAGUCAUAGCAUUUUCGUUCAUUAAAGUGACAACUUUAUUAAAGCCGUAUAAGAGCAGAGAACACGUGCUCCGUUUGGAAAUUAACCACAACAACUGUGGUCCUGAAACUCAUCUAUUUGAGAUAAAAAUAUAAACGCCGGAUAUUUAAUUUGUAAUAAAUAAUUAUAUUAAAUGUCCAGUUAAACAAACAGUUGUCAAACUGUAAUUUAGGAUUUAUUACGUUUCAAACAAACAGUUGUCAAACUGUAAUUUAGGAUUUAUUAAGUUUCAAACAUUGAUGAAAAUAGCGCAGCGUGUUAGUUUAUCAUACUGCCAAAACAUACUCCCAAUUAACAGAUAUAGAUUUUUUCAUGGAAAGAACUCCAGUUACUUGGGACGUAUCAAGUUAAAUUCUGUGAAUUUCUUGACAAUGAACAACACUACUCACCAUUUUGUGAAGAUUUGCGAUUUUGCUGGAAGGUCCAUUAGUUUUAUUGUUUUACGUUUUCCAUCGGAGAAAUAUAUCAUCAACCAAAUCGUUCUUUGCGCGGUAAAUUGUGUGUUAAUAAUACCAACCGUAUUACUGAAUGGCAUGUCAAUUCUUACCAUCUUAAAGUGUUCCAAACUACAGGAUAAAAUUUGGGGGUUUCUUAUCCUUGUUCAAUCAACGGUUGAUUUUGCAGUGGGAUUGAUAUCACUCCCAAUGUUUACUUAUAUUCGAGCCAGUGAAAUAAUGGAAAUUCCAAAUAAUUGUGUCGCGAAUUUCCUCUCAGAAACAGUAACCUAUACGAUGUUUGGAUUAUCACUUGCAGUAGUUUGUGUGUUAACUUUGGAGAGAUACAUGAGCAUUGUACACCCAGUUGUUCAUCGGACUCAAUUAACAAAGAGAACCAUUUUGGUAUCUGUUUUAUGCAUCAUCAUGGCGGUGUUGCCAUUCUCGCUUAUGCGGUUGGCCUCAGAAAAUGUUUAUCGCAUAUCGGGUACGGCAUUGGUGUUUAUGUCACUGGCAAUUAAUACAUUCGCUUAUGUAAAGAUUUUUCUUACUGCCAGGAAAAAAAUCCCUCUCGGGAACAAUGUUCAAGACAGCUCAACACAGCAGACAACGUUCCAGGCAGGAAGAACACAACUAAUACGCGAACUUAAGCUCGCCAAGUCUUGUGCACUUGUAGCCUUCACGUCUUUGCUAUGUUUCCUGCCAGCACCAGUCAUAUACCUAUAUUACAAUGACGGCACAGUGGAAAUGAGAAUUGCACAUUCUUGGUCCAUUACGGUUGGGGCACUAAAUUCAUGUCUUAAUUCAGUUAUAUUCUUCUGGAAAAGACCGUUGCUAAGAGGAGAAGCGUUAAAAGUUCUAUAAACUAUAUUUCAUAAUUAACAGCGACGAUAGCAGAAAGAUUCGUACAAGUUAAGAGAGGCCGUAAGCUAGACUUGCUCCAAGUCUCUCUUUGUGGAGUCCCACUAUAUUGUACAUCUAUAUAUUGUACAUCUAUAUUGUACGUUACAUGACGUACCGCUGAGGGGGAGAGGAGGAAAGAGAGACUUGUAACAUCUGGCAGCAGACAUACUUCCGGCUAGUCAAUUUCGACCAGCCGGAAGUAGAUGGCCGCAUUGACUUAUCACGUGUUUAGGGGGGGGGGGGGGGGGACAUCUGGACUUUCAGAGUUAUUUGUUUAACAUAAGUAAUUUUGUAUUCACGAGAUUUCUUUUGUAGAUUUCACAUCACUUUUGACUGCUAGCAUUUGGAAUUUUGGGCAUUAUUUUUGCAAUUUAUUGUAAACAACGAUUAUAAGAAGAACGGAUAAAUUACAAAUCAACCGUAAUCGUCAUAAACCUCGAUGACCACCAGUGUUUUUGUGUUUGACAAUUUGUAUUUCAUUAGAUAUUUAUAUGCAAGGUCAGUAUAAACGGGUUAUCAUAUAAAAUGAUCAUUCUAAUGAAUGAAUUGAUAAAACGAAUUAUUUCUAAUAUAUACGGCCGCGUUUUUUACACGGCCACUACAUUAACAUUUUUGUAUUAUCGAGAUCGAAACUAUAGUAAAUUGGAAACCGUGUCAAUAAUAAAAAACGUACAAUGAACUUAUGAACAUGCGAAAAUUGUCACGCCCAAAUUAAAAUUAUACAAAUUUUUAACAAAAUAAACAUUUGUAUAAAUUUCGAUAAUACAAAAAUGUUUAUCUGGGGCCGAGUCUGGGGCCAGUUGUAUCAAGCCCGUUUAGCUUAUUAAACGGUGGUUAAGCUCAAAACAGAAAGCAACUAAGCAAGUCAUCGAUUUAUUCAACAAUCAAGCUAAACGUUUCAGUAGUGGCCGUGUAAAAAACGCGGCCGUAUAUAUUAGAAAUAAUUCGUUUUAUCAAUUCAUUCAUUAGAAUGAUCAUUUUAUAUGAUAACCCGUUUAUACUGACCUUGCAUAUAAAUAUCUAAUGAAAUACAAAUUGUCAAACACAAAAACACUGGUGGUCAUCGAGGUUUAUGACGAUUACGGCUGAUUUGUAAUUUAUCCGUUCUUCUUAUAAUCGUUGUUUACAAUAAAUUGCAAAACUAAUGCCCAAAAUUCCAAAUGCACGCAGUCAAAAGUGAUGUGAAAUCUACAAGAAAUCUCGUGAAUACAAAAUUACUUAUGUUAAACAAAUAACUCUGAAAGUCCAGAUGUCGCCUCCCCCCCCCCCUAAACACGUGAUAAGUCAAUGCGGCCAUCUACUUCCGGCUGGUCGAAAUUGACCAGCCGGAAGUAUGUCUGCUGCCAGAUGUUACAAGUCUCUCUUUCCUCCUAUCCCCCUCAGGAGGAUAGGAGGAUACGUUUGUGACAACACGGACUCCAACCGGAAGUCAGUCGAGCCGUUAUAGAUUACGUCAGCAGUUCUUGCUUGAAAUCACUCAAUGUAGUUUCAAUCAAGAGCGGUUGUUGCCAUCUCUAGCGGUUCGAUUGACUUCCAUCGAGUGCUGAUCAAGACAAAUUUUCAUGCCGUUACGGAUUUUUUAAAAACUAUUGCUGAUGUCAGCAUUAUUUGCAUAAGCUUUUAAAACCAGUGUUUGAAACUGCAGUAUGUUAAACAAACAUUUAAUUUGCAAAUGGUUGGUCAAGAUUGAGAGGCAAUAAAUGUCUAAUUUUUAAACAUGCGGAUUAAUUUUACAGUUCCGCUAUUAUCAUAGGGUUAGGGUUAGGGUUAGCUUAUUGCAUGUUGGGAUACAGGAUUGCAGAGAUCUAGGAAAUAUAUGCCGAAACAGCCAGCUUUGUGACUUUAAUUUUAGAAUUUUGUAACUUCAACGAGCAGGGGCGUAGGAACCUUCGAAAAGUUGGGGGAGGCCAGGCUUUGAGGGGCACUUUGCGAAAAAAACGGCAUCUCCAAAAUUUUGGUUGGCGACCUGCCCCCCCCCCUCGCGUCGCCAAAAAAAUUUCGGUCAUUGUACCAUUUUAGGGGUCCAAAAAAAUUUUUCCGGACAUAUCCAAAAAAUAUUUUCAGGAUAAACAAAAUUUUUUUCGUAAAUACUGAAAAACUUUUUCCGGAAUACAAACAAAAUUUUCCGGAUAUAUGAUUUUUUUUCCGCAAUUUUUAACAUUUUUCAGGAAAUAACGUACAUUGAAGUUUUCAAAAGUGCACCUUGGCCAGAAAAAUACAAUUUUAAUGAAAAAUUUUCACGCACAAAAAGGGCACUUUGCUUCCGGGAAAAGGGCACUUGCCAAAACUUGGGGGGGGGCUUGGCCCCCCUGCCCCCCCCCGCCGGUUCCUACGCCCCUGUCAACGAGUAAUCUAUAAUAAAAAUGUGAACCUUUAGUUAGUCAAGGCAGACAAAACUGUAUAUAUGUUCCAAAAAACAAUGUAUCAAGCAUUUAUUUGUAUUAAAAUGUCGUUUUUCGAAAAACGUAAAAUUUAGAGAAUUACUUUUUUACUAAAUAAAACACACUAUAUAUUAAUGUAUUAAUUCAGUAAUGCCGAAUGUAAUAGCAAAAAAAGUUACUAGAAAUCCUAGGAUAUUUUUGCCAAGUCAUAUAAUUAAUCAGCGCUAGCAAAUGUUAAAAAAAUAAGAAAGGCUUACAUUCAAGACUUUGUUAAAAUUAGGCAACUUCUACGUUUUGCGAGCGAAGGGUCUUCGUCUGGAAGUUACUAACUUGACGGCCAACGUCCAGACAAAGGACCUUCAUUCGAAUAAUCGAUAUUCUUUUUAUACUUUUCAAGUAGUUGCAUUAUCUACAUGCAGUUUGCAUUGUUCACAGUUGCGUUGCACCAAGACCCAAUAUUCAAUAUCAUUGCAACAUGGUUACAGUAUAUGGUACGUGCUGCCAAAUUCAGCUGCACCAGCAGAUUCCAUACAAACGCAACUAUGGUGGACACAAGCAAAUUUAACAGUAACAUACAAAUAGGAUCUUUUUUAGGUCAGAAUAUUAAAUAAGUUUUAUAUUUUUAGGAUAGUUUACAUCAAGAACAAUGGGGUACGCGUGUCUUCGAUUUUGCGUGUUCUUUUUCAAUAUCCUUUUCUUUGUAAGUACAUUCAUUAAUAAUUUAUGAUGCUUCAGGCAUCAUCAUAAUUCAUCAUACAUUUCUUAUUAAACCACACCUUUGCCCUAUUUGUAUCCAGGGCCGGCGCUAAAGGGUGUGUGUGUAGGUGUUCCACCCCCUUCCCCCAGUCAUCAGGUAGUCGGCAAAAUAUUGAACCCAUGCAGUCGGAAAAACAUGCAUGGAAUAUGGAUGAAGGGAAAAAAUAAAAUAUUUGAGUGACACCGAUUAAAAAUUGAUGAUAGCUAAAAUGUGGUUACGAAAAAAACAUAUGAAAUGAACACUCUAUAUUAUCAUUUAAUUCUAGUUGA